ACAGAGGAGCCUGGGUGCCUCAUUUCUGAAGUGAGACUAGGAAGAGAAGAUGAACAAUUCCCUGGAUUAUCUAGCCUACCCUGUAAUCGUCUCUAAUCACAGACAGAGCACAACCUUCAGGAAGAAACUGGACUUUGGCCACUAUGUAUUUCAUAAGAAUAGAAUACAAAUAGUGAAGGCGACCGUCGAUACAAAACCUCCAGUGGCGCACACACAUCACAUUUUGAAACUGAGCAAACUACAGGGUGAACAGAAGCGAAUUGACAAAAUCGAAUAUGAAAACAAACAACUGUGUCAGAAGAUUGCAAAUGCCCAUCGUGGUCCUGCCAAGGUGGAUUGCUGGAACGAGUAUUUUUCCAAGAGCUUAAACAGAGAAACAAGGAACCGGGAACUCGUGAGAAUCACCGUGGAAAACCAGGGCAUUCUGAAGAGGCUUGGUGAUCGCAAACCCCACUAUGACCGCAGGUUGUCCGAGAUGGACUGGCAGAAUUCAAGGCGCUACAUCAAAAAUACAACAAGAUAUCUUCUCUCCCGAGAUGAAUAGGUUCCUCACCAUGGAAAAGAUACAAGAGAAAGCCCUAGGAUUUCUUAGCUGCUUAGAAUUUCAAGACACUCCUAAGUGGCUGAAUGCUUAAUCUUAGGAUGCUACAAUAAAGCUUGGAACAUAAAAUGA